AUGGCAUCUUUGCUUGAUCUACCCGAAGAAUUGCUCUGUGCUACGUUUGAGCACCUCGUAUCAGAGAAUGACAUGAACGCUAUCGCCCGGACCAAUCGCCACCUCUUUGGACUGUUCAAUCUGCGCCUCUAUCGCCACAACGUCGAGUAUUCCGAUGGCUCAGCCUUGACCUGGGCUGCUAGGUAUGGACACCAGAAUACAGCACGGGCGAUCUUGAGCGCAAAUGCGAAUACCGACACAAUCCAAAAUCAAAUCCAAGGAGCAUUGGUCUGGGCAGCAGAAGGAGGCCACGGCCCCAUAGUCGAGUUGUUAUUGGAGAAUGGCGCUGAUGUGAACGAUGGUGACGCUCUGCAGGUGGCUUCACUUGGGGGCCAUGAGUCGCUGGCGAGGCUGCUCUUCAACAAUGGUGCUGAUGUUAACUUGCAGGGCGGAGCAUAUGGCCACGCCCUCCAAGCUGCUUCCUGCAAGGGCCACGAGCUGGUGAUGAAGCUGCUCAUCGACAACGGCGCCGAUGUGAAUGCCCAAGGCGGAGCGUACGGCAGUGCCCUCCUCGCGGCUUCCCAGGAAGGCCAUGAGCAGGCAGUCAAGCUACUCAUCGAUAGUGGCGCCGAUAUCGACGCCCAGGGGGGAAUAUAUGGCAAUGCCCUCCAGGUGGCUUCCUGGAACGGCUACGAGCAGCUGGUGAAACUGCUCAUCGGCCAUGGCGCCGACGUCAACGCUCAAGGCGGAGCACUGGGCAGCGCUCUUCAGGCAGCUUUGAUCGGGCGCCACGAUGAGCUGGUGAAGCUGUUGAUCAACUACGGUGCUGAUGCAAACGCCCAAGGCGGAGAGUGUGGCAACGCCCUCCAAGUGGCUGUAAUAAACGGCCAUAAAGAGCUAGUGAAGCUGCUGAUCAGCUAUGGCGCUGAUGUCAAUGCACAGGGCGGGAAAUUUGAUAACGCACUCCAAGCUGCUUCUUCAAGAGGCCAUGAGGAGCUUGUGAAGCUGCUCAUCGAGAAUGGUGCUAAUGUUAACGCCUAA